CAAAUACGUCGACACUUUUUUUUUGUUGCUAUGACCUUAUGUUACACUUGGCAGGUGGACAACACAAAUCAACGGCUACUUCUGGGACAUUGAAUUCAUUCUCCUGGGCACAAGACAGAAAGAGUCACCACGACUAUUGGUUUGGAAAACAAAAUACACGAAAGAGGAAUCAUGUCGGGGAUCAGAGGUUCUGUCAAUUUGCUAAGGGUCGCAGUGAGGUCGCAGAUCGUCUCCAAAGCCACCCUGUCGCACAAGCCUGCGAAGUACCACUUAUCCGUGGGGGAGCAAGCCAUUGCUAUGACGGCCUUUUUCAUCACCAUCCUGGGGCCCUCUGGUUAUGUCCUGGCUCACCUGGAGGACUACAAGCACCACUCCUAAGUGGACCUGUCCUGGCUGGCCCCCAGGCAACCUCCCCUGUGGAUUACUCCCGAUGACAUCUCCUGAAGUCUCCUAAAAACCCUUUUUAUGAGUGACGAUUCUAUUAAUGAAUGUACCAAUAAAUGAAAUGCCCCAGCACUA